AUGGCAGACCAACAACAGAACCAACAACAGUUAGAGACAGGCGGUGAUGUCAAUAUCAGAAAUUCUGACCCAGUACGAAGUAGCGAAAUUUCUUCCAGUCGCCAUGACUCACCAGCGUCGUCAAGAACUAUUGAACCUGAGGACUGGGAAGAUUCAGCCUCUUUAUCAGACAGCGUGCAAACUUUCCCCGAAGAGUUUGGGCGCACCUAUCAUGCUUACCGAGCCGGCUCGUACGCAUUUCCGAAUGACGUGGCAGAGCAAGAGCGCCUGGGUAUCAUGGGCGAGUGCUUCAGAUUGCUUAUGAAAGAAGAGCUGUAUAUGGCACCACUCUCAGAUAAGAAACCCCCCAUCAACAUUCUCGAUGUUGCCACGGGGAUUGGUGACUGGGUUAUUCAGAUGGGCGAUCGCUUCCCUGACUCUAGAGUCACUGGCACAGAUCUAUCCCCAAUCCAACCUAAUAAUGUGCCUCCGAACGUGUACUUCUAUGUUGAGGAUUCGGGUGAUGAGUGGACGUUUAAACACAAGUUCGACUAUAUUCACACGCGUAAUACUGCUGGAUGCUGGUCCGAUUUUGAAACACAGAUAGCCCAGCAAGCUUUCAACGCACUCGAGCCUGGAGGCUGGUUUGACUCGCAAGAAACGGAUUGUACUCCUCUCUGCGAUGACGAUACACUCGAUCCCGAAGGCCCGGUAGUAACAUGGUUGAAGGAUUUGAUCAAGGCAUCAGAUAAGUUGCAGCGUCCCGCCGUUUUUGGUGCCAGACUUAAAGAGAUCUACGAGCGGGUCGGCUUUGUAGAUGUGCAGCAACGUGUCCUCAAGAUGCCCAUCAAUGGUUGGGCUGAGGACCAACAACUCAAGCAGCUGGGUUCGAUGUGGAGUAAUAAUUUGCUUGAUGGCAUCGGUGGUUUCUCCUACCAACUAUUAAAUAAGGCUUUCGGACGAAACAUGGCUGAAAUUGAGGUCUCAUUGAUUGAUGUCCGACGAGAUCUAGCCAAUCCGCAAAUUCAUGCAUACAUGCCUGUUUUUAUUGUCUGGGGAAGGAAACCAAAACCCAAUGAUAUAUAA